CGGAAGGGUGGAAACAUCGUUCCCCUUUCAGUUGCUCAACGUACUAAAUUAGUCCAUCAUUGUGAUCCCCGGCUGACUGAAAGAUUGCGAAGGGAAUUCGGUUCUCCGCGUUGUUCAGUGGAGGAGGAUUUGAGCCAACUAUUUUCACAGUCACUAAGACAUCAACAUGUCCAGCAAAAGAGCAAAGGCAAAGACCGCAAAGAAGCGCCCUCAGCGUGCAACUUCCAAUGUGUUCGCAAUGUUUGAUCAGUCUCAGAUCCAGGAGUUCAAAGAGGCUUUCAACAUGAUAGACCAAAACCGUGAUGGCUUCAUUGACAAGGAAGAUCUGCAUGACAUGUUGGCUUCUCUCGGAAAGAACCCUACAGAUGAGUACCUAGAAGGAAUGAUGAAUGAAGCUCCUGGUCCCAUUAACUUCACCAUGUUCCUGACCAUGUUUGGUGAGAAACUAAAUGGCACAGAUCCAGAAGAUGUCAUUCGAAAUGCUUUUGCUUGCUUUGAUGAAGAAGGAACAGGUUUCAUCCAUGAGGACCACCUCCGUGAGCUGCUGACCACUAUGGGAGACAGGUUCACAGAUGAGGAAGUUGAUGAACUUUUCCGAGAAGCACCGAUUGACAAGAAAAGCAAUUUCAACUAUGUGGAAUUCACCCGCAUUCUGAAGCAUGGUGCCAAGGAUAAGGACGAUUAAAAUUGCAUAUUGUAUCUGCUUCUAAUUUCGCAACAGGUCAUUUACAGCGCACACCACUCGCCACUGAUGCGAUUCAUUUACUCUAAGCAGCAACUUUGAUUCCCACUGUUUUAUACGAAGUUUUAAAUUAGUAUAGGCUAGCAUCACAUUGUAAGAAUGUUGGAAAAUGUGGCACUUCAAAUAGGAUGAAAACAAUCCAAAAAGAUGUUAAACAUUCCAUUAACUUUACAUAUACAUUGCAUUGAAAUUGAUUACUCUGUCAUGAACAAUAAUAAUUGAAACUCCUGCAAAGCGAUAGAGUAAAAAGAGCUAAAUGCAAAUAUUUUAUAGUGAAAAGCAGGAGCACGAGAAUGAUGGUAUCUACAGCAGGAUUUGCUUAUGGAACUUCGUAUUUUUUCUGAGUAUUAUGUGACUAAAUAAAAGCCCCAUUACACUU